UAAGCUCCCGCUUCUGAAGUUCAGAGAACGGUCUAGAUGUGACUGAUGGAGUUGUUUCAAUGAAGGUGUUGUUUACGUGCGGGGAGCGCACAUAAUUCUACGACGGCGGGGGAGGAGUGCUAGCUAAACAUAUAGGAAUCCUAUUUGGCUAGUGUAAGAAGGUAACAGAAAACGAGAAAUCGAAGCGCCAACACGGAUUUUCUGUGGGAUAAACGCACAGGCCUGGCUGCUAAAACGAUGCCACACCCAAGACGGUACCUGUCCUCAGAGCGGGCCAGCCGGAGCAGCUAUCAAGACCGCUACCGGGACAGAGACAGGGGACGCAAGCAGAGGCAUCGCAGAACUCACUCUUUUUCCUCUAGCAGUGACCGGGAGAAGGAAAGAGACCGAAGGGGUCGGGGAAAUAGACAGGAAGGAAGCUAUGCUCGCUCCAGGAGCUACGAUAAUCGUUCGCCAGACCGCAGGCCGUAUGACCGACGCUACUGUGAGGGCUACCGACGCCUGGACCAGAGCCGGGAGCGAGAGCGUGGAGACAGGGAGCGGGACCAUGGAGGACCGCCCGUCGUUGACGGGUACUACGCACAGGACUACUCACCGGGAACGUUCGACUACCGGCGGGGCCGUGAAAGGGAGCGGGACGAGUCGUACCGAAGGAAGGGCAGCAGGCGUAAGCACAAACGAAGGCGGCGUAGAACCAGGUCCUAUAGCCCAUCCUCCUCGCGGAGUGACAGCCGGACGCGGGCACUGAGUGUGAGAGACGACGAGGAAGGGCACCUGAUCUGUCGGAGUGGGGACGUCCUGCAAGAGAGAUAUGAGAUUGUCAACACUCUCGGGGAGGGCACCUUUGGGAGGGUGAUGCAAUGUAUCGACCAUCGCCGAGGAGGGGCUGCUGUUGCUCUGAAGAUUAUCAAAAAUGUUGAGAAGUACAAGGAAGCCGCUCGUCUGGAGAUCAACGUGCUUGAGAGAAUCAACGAGAAAGACCCGGAAAAUAAAUACCUGUGUGUGCAGAUGUAUGACUGGUUUGACUACCACGGCCACAUGUGCAUCUCCUUUGAGCUCCUUGCCCUGAGCACCUUUGAUUUCCUGAAAGAAAACAACUACUUGCCUUACUCCAUUAGCCAAGUCCGGCACAUGGCCUACCAGCUAUGCCUGGCUGUCAAAUUUCUUCACGAAACCAAGCUGACGCACACAGACCUGAAGCCAGAGAACAUCCUGUUUGUAAACUCUGACUUCACCAUUACCUAUAACAUAGAGAAGAAGCGUGAUGAGCGGACAGUGAAGUGCACUGAUGUACGUGUUGUGGACUUCGGGAGUGCCACGUUUGACCACGAGCACCACAGCACCAUUGUCUCCACACGGCACUACCGUGCCCCAGAAGUCAUACUAGAGCUUGGCUGGAGCCAGCCCUGUGAUGUGUGGAGCAUCGGCUGCAUCCUGUUCGAGUAUUACCUAGGCUUUACCUUGUUCCAGACUCAUGAUAACAGGGAGCAUCUGGCUAUGAUGGAGAGAAUAUUGGGUCCGGUGCCCUCCAGGAUGAUACGCAAGACAAGGAAGCAGAAAUACUUUUACCGUGGCCGUCUGGACUGGGAUGAGAGCUCGUCAGCUGGAAGAUAUGUGAGGGAGAACUGUAAACCCUUACGUAGGUACCUUUUGUCUGAAGCAGAGGAGCACCACCAGCUGUUUGACCUCAUUGAGAGCAUGCUGGAGUAUGAGCCUAGUAAGCGCCUGGCCCUGGCUGACUCCAUAAGACACCCUUUCUUCGAAUCGGGGACAACCGGCGACUCAGUGGGUGGGAAGAGCUGGGAGGGCAAUCGUGACAUCAGCCGGUGACCCUGGGCCUCCACAGACUCUUAGGAUAGAGAGAUCAAAGGUGGAGCAAACCAACAUGGACAGCCUGGUGCAGCCAAACUGAUUGGUCCCUACCCAUCUAUGUCUGACAUUCUUUGGUUAUUCAUCACAGCAUGGACAUUUUUCCUCCCACACCUUCCUCCACAACCAGGAGAAAAGGUUUUCAUGCUGAAAGCCAGAAGACCAGAAGAUGAUGAAUUGCCAAGAGGUUUUCUUUUCCAAACCUUGAACCACACAAGACCCCAGCUCCAGUCUUCCGCAUGUAAAAGAGACAGCUGACCUGGUCUGUUAAAUGGAGCACUGGUGGCAAAUCUCUUGCCCAUGCCUCUGCCAUUUGUCUGGACUAAUAUUAGCCAGUCUCCUGGGGGCCGAUUUUGUCAGAGUGACUGACACUCCACAUUUGGCGCUUAUUUAGGCCUGUCUUAUUGAUAAGAUGUCUAUUUCUGUUACUUUAUAUGCAUUGCUUUUGGGGGGGAGGAGAUUGUGCUGCCAUUAUCAAUGUAAUAUGUUUAGGGAACUGACAUACCAAAUGCACACACUUCAGGCAACAGAUACACAUUGGACAGCACACAACACAAACUGCCAUUACACAUGCGUUAGGAUCAGGCCUGUCGUCUGAGAUGAAGCACACAGGGUCAUAACAGUAUUGGACAACACCCCACUACUACACACAGCAGGAAACCGUUUACAACAGUAUUUAUUGUGACACUUUACUGCUGGUCAUCUCCUUCCUGUACAGUACUUUUGUAUGAGAUUUAAAUGUAUAAAACUGUAUAUAUGUAUGAUUGUGUAGAAUUAAAGUUAAGUCCUCCUUUGCCUAAGCUUUUAGCGCCGUGACUGUCAGCUUUGGCCUUUGGCAGAGUUAUAGGGAGGUAUUUUGUCUUA